AAAAUAAAUAGGUAUGCUUUAAAGUUACUUAUAUCACAAAGUUACUUUUAAUAUUAUAAAUUUUUUACAUUUUAAAGAAUUCAAUAAAUACAAACAAUUUUAUACAAAUAAAUUACUAUUUCAAAUUAUAAAUAUUAGAAUUUUAGAAUGCUAAGCAUCAUCACUGAACAUGAUAAUGAUAAAUUAAAACUUAUGGAAGAAUAGAUGUCUUUAGAAGAUUUAGAAGACGAAGAAUAAUAAACAUCAUAGUAGUAGAAGAAAGAUAAUAUCAACAUCAUAAGUAGAAAAAAGAUUUAUAAAAAGAAAAACAAAUCACCUCUAAUUGCUAAGACUAUUGAGCACUAUCCUUUGAUAGCUCCUGUUAAACAAUAAAAAUAUUACUAAUUAAAUGGAAAUUUUACGAUAUAUAUUUAACCAUAAAGUGUUCAUGAUUUUGAUCGUUGCAUAAAAAUUGAUCAUGUAGAAAAGUAUGGACAUUACUACUAAGCAAAUUUAGUUACUAAAUAAUUUAUAAAGAAUUUUUAAAUACCAAUUGAGCUCCUUGAAAAGAGCUAAAAUUAGUAAUCAUAUUAAUUAGCACAGCAACUUAAAGACACUUAAUAAUUAUUUAUCAAAGCACAAGAGAGUUUUAAGUCUAUAUUGAAGCAUUAUAAAAACAAAAAAGAAGAACUCAAAUAAUUAACUUAAUAAAGAUCAAUUUAUAAGAAACAGCAAGUACAUAAUUACAUAAAAGAAAAUCUUAAAGAUGAUGAUUUCUAUGCGAUAGCUAUAUUUAGAGAGAAUUUCGAGUAUUAAUAGGUUGAGAUAAGUAGUAUAAUUUAAAGUGAAUCAUUUAUGGUGUUAUUAGGAAUUGACUAGAACGAAGUACAUCAACAUCUGCUCCAUAUAGGUAUGCUAGAUUAUAUAAUUCUAACAUAACAAGAGAUGUUCUAUGGAAUAAUCAUAGAUUUGUAAAAAAAAAGAUAUUUUGACAAAAAUAUUAGAAGUAUUUUUUACAAAGAUUUUAUAUUUCAUACGAUUGAAAAAAUUAAAGUUUAUUGUGAUAUUGAAGUUAAUUUGAUAGACGUUGAGUAUCCACCUCAUUUAGAUUAUUAAUGUUAAUAUGAUCCUUUCCCUUUUUGUGAUACUACUUGUAUUAAAUUUAAUAUUACUCCCCAACAUAUAAAAUCAAUUAUUGGAUAUAGAUAAACCCAUUAAGGAACCUAAGAAUAUGGUUUAAGAAGCAUCGAAUACUAAUUUUUAUCUUCCAUUUUUGUUGAUAAGUUCUAUCCUGUAAAAGAAUAAAGUGAAACCAUAAUGGAAGAGGAAGAAGAUAAUUCCAAAAUCUGCAAGUAUAGAUCUAUCUUAUGA